CCUAAUUGAUGGCUCCUUCGUUUCAGAGGCGAGAGUCGUACGAGCUCGUCUGAGCUCGUGCGCUGCUCAUGUUCUCCUCUCGCACUUUGACACACACAAUAAUCGCACCUACUUCUCGACCUACUACUUGGUACUUGCCAUUUUGGCACGAUGUUGCGCGAGCUGUCGUUCGUGACCGAAGCCCCUCGAUCGAUCAUUUCCUCCCUUUGGCUUUUCUGCCUUACCCUCCGCAUCGUAAAUUCAGUCGGAGGUAACGGCCAUUCCCGGCGCGAGACCGGGGCAGUUCAAAACUCGACGGAGCUUCCUACACCAGGCGCCAACUCAACGCGCAUCAUAGCAGCUCGUAGCGGACCCCGCCAUACGAGUUUUGUUCCCAGGGGAUGUUCCGAAUCUGCCAACGGUAAAACGGAAGUCGUCGUCUCAUCGGAGUCGAUGUGUCGCGAUCAUACCAUCCGGAUCACUCGAUCGCUCGCGUCAGGAUCGACUGAGGAGCUAGGGACUGAGAGAAGUUAGCGUCCGAUGUGCUAGAGCAAUAUCGUCCCAGU